AUGGCUUCCCAAUCGACUAACGACGUGGCCCUUCCGCCCGUCGACAUCAAGCCCCUCCUCUCCAAGCUGUGGCCGGUCGAGACAGCAGUCACGGCUGAUGAUAUUGCCGAUGCUAUCUCCCACUUCUUCACCAACCAGGUGUCUGAGGCCCAGGCCGCCUCGCUCCUCAUCGCUCUCCACUUUACCCGACUGGAUUUCAAGGCCGAUGUCCUGUCCCGAACCGCUGCAGCCAUGCAAAAGGCCGCUGCCUCCAUUCCCGUUGAAGAGAUGCGCCGUGUCAUCGAGCAGAGGGGACGCAAGGAGGGGCAGUACUCGGGUGGACUGUGUGACAUUGUUGGUACUGGAGGUGACUCGUACAACACCUUCAAUGUAAGCACCACAGCGUCCAUUAUUGCCUCAGCCCUUCUCCUCGUCUCCAAGCAUGGGAACAAGGCUAGCACAUCCAAGUCAGGUAGUGCCGACCUGGUGAACUGCAUGCAGCCCCGAGCUCCCGUCAUCAGUGCUGUCAACCCCUCGAGUCUGCCCAAGAUCUACUCAGAGACCAAUUACAGCUUCCUCUUUGCCCCCGUCUUCCACACCGGUAUGCGCUACGUCGCACCUAUUCGCAAACAGCUCCCCUGGAGGACUAUCUUCAACAAUGUUGGCCCCCUGUCCAACCCUGUCGAGGCCGUUCUCGAGGCCCGCGUUAUUGGCGUUGCCCGGAAGGACCUAGGCCCUGCAUUUUCCGAGGCUUUACGCAUGGCUGGCUGCAAAAAGGCACUGAUUGUAUGCGGUGAGGAGGAGCUUGACGAGGUCAGCUGUGCAGGCAGGUCUCUGUGCUGGAUGCUCCAGACGGACCCUGCUACCGGUGAGACCAAGACUGAACAUUUCAUCGUUGAGCCCCGUGAUUUUGGAGUCAGUAACCACCCGCUUGACGAGGUUUCGUCGGGCAAGGAGCCCGAGGAGAAUGCAGAGAUCCUCAAUCGUAUUUUGCACAACGAGCUCCCCGACAAUGACCCUCUCCUCGAGUUCAUCCUCAUCAACACCGCCGCUCUCUUUGUCGUCUCGGGUAUCUGUGAGGCCGACUCUAGCAAGAUGGGUCCCGGCGACGAUGGCAAGGUAGUUGAGGAGCGUGGCCCCGGUGGCCAGAGGUGGAAGGAGGGUGUCAGAAGGGCCAGAUGGGCUCUCAAGAGCGGCGAGGCCUGGAAGCAGUGGGAGGCCUUUGUCAAGGUCACGAAUGAGAUCAACGAGUCAGCCUGA